UUGUGAGCCUUUCAAUCAAAAUAUAUUACAACAUACAAAAGAAAUUAUUUUACACGAAGUAUUUUAUUUUUUUGUAAUGGCUUUGGUUCUUGAAUGGAAAACACAAUUUACUCUUCUCAUUGUGAUUAUUGGGAUGUAUACAUCUCAAAUCACUUGUAGAAACCUUCAAGAAUCAUCAUCCAUGUUAGAAAAACACGAAUCAUGGAUGGCGCGUCAUGGAAGAACUUACAAAAACGAUACAGAAAAGGCGAAAAGAGCGAAAAUUUUCGAGGAAAAUGUGAAAUUUAUUGAGUCUUUCAACAAUAAUGGUUCUAAGUCUUACAAAUUAGGCAUCAAUAAAUUUUCUGAUCUUACUUCUGAAGAAUUUUUAAGGUAUUAUACUACUAAUCAUGGACUUAAUAAUUAUAAUAAGUAUUUUUCUACAAAAUCCAAACAAUUAUCUCCAACAACAAUUUCAUCAUUUAUGUAUGAAAAUAUGAGUGAUGUUCCAUCUAACAUGGAUUGGAGAAAAAGUGGGGUUGUCACAAGUAUCAAAGAUCAAGGUCAAUGUGGAUGUUGUUGGGCAUUUUCCGCGGUCGCGGCCUUAGAAGGAGCAAACAAACUCUCAUUGGGCAAUUUAAUUUCACUCUCGGAACAACAAUUACUCGAUUGCACAACCGAAAACAACGGUUGUGACGGCGGUUUAAUAACCACGGCCUACGAUUUCAUCGUAAAUAACGGUGGAAUUGCGAAGGAAUCGGACUACCCUUACGAGGAAAAUCAAGAUUCAUGCAAGAGCCAAGGAGCAUCCGCGGUCGACUCAGCCGUAAAAAUCAACCGUUACGAAAAUGUACCUGCAUCUAGCGAACCGGCAUUACUGACAGCCGUAGCGCGACAACCUGUCUCGGUCGGUAUCGCGAUCAAUGAAGACUUUAAAUCUUAUCAGAGUGGGGUCUAUGAUGGAAAUUGUGGAGAUCAACUAAAUCAUGCCGUUACUAUUAUUGGUUAUGGGACAAAUGAAGACGGUGCGAAGUAUUGGCUAGUUAAGAACUCCUGGGGGACUAGUUGGGGUGAAAAUGGUUAUAUGAAAAUUGCUAGAGAUAUUGGAAUUAAAGAUGGUAUUUGUCAAAUAGCCACUUUGGCUUCUUAUCCUAUUGUUUAGAAAUUUGACCUAAAUAUAGCACAACUUUAGUGCUUGUUUGGUUAAUGUUGUAAUAUUUCAAAUUAAAGGUCCUUGUAUUACAUAAUUGUAGUACUAUAUAUAUAUAUAUAUAUAUAUAUGCAUGUUGUUUUGAUUAAAAA